UCCUUUACAAUGACGUCAGCUAUUCUUCUAUACUCAUAUGUUUAUUUACUAAGAAAAUUAGCGAAAUAUUAGAUAAAAUUUAGAUUCUAAAUGUAUUGUUUUUGAAAAUUAACAAAAAUUCGAGCUUUAUCAGUAGGAACGCCUUCAAUUUGAAUUGAGAUUAUUUUUUGCUAGAAAUAAUUCUAGACUAGAUCAGGCCACGAUCAACAACUGCUGCUAUGGCAGACGCUGGACUAACCCAACUUGUGGUCUUGUCUGUGCUGUUGUCUGCAGUUUUUCAGCCAGGAUAUGGUGAGCAGACGGCGUACACGGAGGAUUUCCCGCCUAAUUUGACAACCCCUCGCAGACCAAAUCUAGAGCCAGAUGUGUCAGACAUCAUCCAAGCACUAGUUGAACGAUUUGAUUUUGGACGAUCUCAAGCCAAACAGCUCAGGGCUACCAAUACCAACACACAUUUUCAAAAUGAUGGUGAUAAACAUGAAAAGUCACGUGAUGUUGGGCAACAACAGGAUGGGCUAGCACUUGGAGGGCCAACACUUGGAGGGCCAACACUUGGUGGGCCAACACUUGGUGGGCCAACACUUGGUGGGCCAGCACUUGGUGGGCAAAAUAAAGCACAUACUUUGCCGGGAUUCGAAAAGUUGAAGAUGUCCAACGCUCAACAGGGUUUGAGAAAGUUUAGGAAAUCAAUUGAACGUACCGACUCCAGAGAGCGUGGGACACGAAUGUCGGCACCAGAUGGCUCUACGUCAUCUCACGAGCACACAGGAAACUCGCCGUCUGCUUACCCGCAUCUCAAGCUCAACACGCAGGCUCCAGCAGGACGUGACGUUAGUGGGUCCCAGCAGGCUCCAGGACGUGACGUUAGUGGGUCCCAGCAGGCUCCAGGACGUGACGUUAGUGGGUCCCAGCAGGCUCCAGGACGUGACGUUAGUGGGUCCCAGCAGGCUCCAGGACGUGACGUUAGUGGGUCCCAGCAGGCUCCAGGACGUGACGUUAGUGGGUCCCAGCAGGCACCAGGACGUGACGUUAGUGGGUCCCAGCAGGCUCCAGUAGGGCUUGACGAAAGUAGGCCCGAGAUUGUAUCUGGAAAAGUUGCCACGGCAGACAGUACUCCGACAGACAGGAGAGAAAAAAUUAAGAAGUUUAGAAACAUUCUAGAAUUACUGCAGGAACAAAAUGUGGAGGCGCAGGAACAAGUCCCACUUGGGGAGGAUAUCAUUUUAAACUCAAUUGCUAAAAUAAGCGAAGGCGUGUUUGCUCGCAUGUUUCAAGUUGAACCAAGAAAUUGGGCUCAAGUCGGUGUAUUAGAAGAUGGAAAUAGUUUAAACAUGGACCAACUCGAUGUUUUACUUAGUAAAGACGGGGACAGGGCAUAUGAGCAGUCUGCACCAGAUAUACAGGGAGCUGCCCUUAUUCUUUCCGAUGUGUCGCUUGUAGACAAUAAGAAAAAGCAAGUGGAUGAUAAGGCGCAUCAUCCUUCAGGUGUAGAAUUAAUCCGCCGUCCAAGAGAGGCACGUGACACAGUGACCAGCACGGAUAGUGCCCACCCCAACAAACACUCCAGAAAACAAGAGAAGAAGAGCAAAGUCGAGAGUUUGAAAAUAGCCAGGCUGGGUUACAUUAUAUUCGACAAAGAUGGAUCGGUCAAGGAGGCAAAGGAAGCCACACUGACCAAUGCUGCAGCGCUCGACUCUAAGGGUCACGUGGGAGACAAGCGAUCGACGGUGAGAGCUACCAGCACCACGACCAAAAGCACAUCAGCAAGUGCAGACAGUAACCACGUGACUGAUCGCACGAAAGACAAGGCGAAAUUUGCGGACGUACUGGAAGUCUACAGCAUGAAAGGGACGCUGAUGGGGGGCGAACUGAACGCCAAUACAAAUGUGGAGUUGAGCCCAUUGGUUGAUUCUCAAGUUCGUGCUGUGCGCGAGGCUCACCGACGUCAUCAGUUGUCGUCCAUCUCGUCACUCCACGUCCUUGUCAUCAUGGGCCUUUGUGUACUCACCUUCGUCACCGUCAUCUACUUCUCUGCUCGAUUUAGAUCUGAGAAAGAAAACUCGAAACGAGUGAAUUCCCAGACGGCUCUGUUUGAGCACCAUCAGAGAUACGAUAAGUACUGAAGCAGUGAAGGGCACCCCUGUUGGAGCUGAGGGAACCGAGAUUAACCCGAACCCUCGACCUUUUAGGCUCAAUAAAAUUUGCUUUACAUUCAAUUGAUCCAUUAUCAAACCAUUUUUACUUUAGUUCUUUUUAAAUAUUAAUUUCAUCAGAAUGUUCGAUUUAAAUCCCCAUCUUAAUUAUCAAUUUUAAAUUCUAUUUGAGCUAACUUUUGUACAGUUCUUACAAUGAAAUAAACAAAAUCUUCUAUUGUU